AUGAGUGACUCAAUAUGUGGGCCAUCCAAUGCUCUCCAGAACUUUCAAAAGAAUGCCUCUGUCGAUAGGACUCUCCAACAGGAUAGGUUGGUUUCGCGACAAGCGCAUACACAGGGUUUCCGUUCCCAGGCUCCCAGUCAAGGAGUUCUAGACCCCGAGUUCGCCGCCUUUGAGUCCAAUUCAGCCGGCCCGUCAUUUUCGAAUUUACAGCAUGUACCAGGCCCCUUCAGUACUCAUGCUCCGCAUCAUGCGGUGUCCCAUCCCGCAGAUCAAGCAAACUGGGCUGCAGAUUUCCAACGAUUGCAGCUGUCGGGCCCAUCGCACACGUUCGAUCAACGCACGGGUCCCUCCGCCGUUUCCCACCAGGGGUGGCAAAAUGAGUUCAUGAACCAACAGCAACAAGGUCCCCAAAUACAGCAGCAGCAGCAGCAGCAGCAGCAUCCGCGAUUUGCUUCAGGCUUCCAAUCGCUUUCACCGGGGUAUCACCUGUACGGAACACCCAUGAAUAUGAAUUCUUUCCCCACUGCGGAGUCCAUGGCCACCCAGCAACCGCCAGCAGAAACGUUCGAUGAAACUGCGUUUGAAGCCGCGUUUGAGCAGGCCAGUGCGGACAUGAUGUCACAUAAUAUCGAAGAAUCCCAGACAAACAAGGAAGAACUUGCCAGCAGCACUGCUCAAUCGGACACGCCCGUCGCAGAUGAGCCCCACGAAGCCAUUAGAAUCGGAUCGGACACCAUUCCGCAGACCAAUAACGACGGUACGCAAGCGCGGGUCAACGAUGCGGACGAGCUGGCCAGGACUGCAGGGCAUUUACUAGAGAGUGUCAGCCAUGACCAAAGCCAGAAAUUUCGAGAAAGUAACUUCCUUGCCCUGAUGCGCCGUAUCCGGGAUCGCGAAGUCCAUGUCGAAGGAGACGAAUUCCGCGAAACUUUGCAGCCUUUACACCCUGGCGGCAAACACUAUCCAGAAGGCCCGAAAUCGAAACAGGAACGAGCUGCAGUCUCAGCAGACCAACACAACUACGCUUUUGUACAAAAUAACAGAGAUACUGCGGGUGAUGCUUCUGCUCGUCCGAUGGAACAUAAAACCAAGGAAGAUGAGAUAUUGGAUGAUGAUAUGCUCCAUGCAUCUUGGGCGAUGAUUCCGCCAUCGGAUUCCAUUCUCCAUCACUCGCACAAACUCUCCGAAGUACAGAACUCUGUACAGCCGACCCCUCCACCGCCGUACUCGACGGCAACCCAGCACAGCGACCUCCACGAGGACGUCGAGAGCGAUAUAUUUAGUGAUGAGGAUCAACAAGCUCCCAUUGCGAUCCACAUCGAUGCCUCCAUCAACAUCAGGGGAAAUGACAAUUCCAUCGUCCUCCCUUCCUCUGCAUCCGAGUCCGCAAUCUCCGCGUCUCCCGCAUCUUCCACCCCGACUGCGAGCGCUGCGCAGCAUCAGCGCCGGACACGGCUCACCGACAUGACAACCUCCAUCCUCGCGGCGUUGCACCGGACCGGGGUCCUCAACGCAGCGCGGACCUCCACCCCGGUCGAGAUCCACAUCGCCACGGGCAUCAGGAUCGAGGGCAGCAGGAACACCAUCUGCUCUGGCUCGGCGGUCAAUCGUCCGCUCGUCGGCAAGCAACGCACAUCCGGGGAUGGCACAUCCUGGAAGAAGCGAUCUCAGUCUAUCACUCAAACGACACUGCUCAAUGUGAUCAAAUAG